AUGGCGAGCUGGGAGUAUCCUAAACAUAAAGAAUUUCCCAAACUUCCGGAAGACCUUUCGUCAAUUGAUCCUUCUGAUAAACAAGCUGUUCUAGAUGCACGCGAAGCAUUUAUACGAGAAAGAUGGAUAAAAGUAAUGGAAACCAAACUAAUGCGAAAACAACUAAGGUUCAGAAUUGGAAUACGCGUAUAUGAAGAGGAAGAAUUACCGUGGCUGAUGAAUAAGUUGGAAUUACAGUAUGAUUCUGACAAAA